GGUGUUGGCUAUAUAAAUGGAAAAAAGCUUCCCCAGAGGGAUAGAAAAUUUAAGAAAGAGAGUAAUUUGAUCCUGGCAAAAUUCAAAUACUCCAAUUUUCCCUGUGCACUUGAAACACUACAAACUUAUUAGGAUCAUCAAUGGCUACGGAGCUCAAGUCUGAUUUUCUUUUUGACCACCUCCGGCGAUUCCUCGAGACCGAUGAGGGUACUAAACGUCGAAAGAAGAUCAACUUCGUCUAUCGGUUCAAUAUCGCCCCCAAGAAAAUGGGGAUCGAUGAAGUGACUUAUACUGUUAAUCUAAAGACAGGAGAGGUUAUUAAAGGCCCAUAUGAAGGAGGCGAGCCCGAUGCCACAUUUCACAUGAAGGACGAAGAUUUUAUCAACCUUGUUGAGAGAAAAAUGAAUCCCCAGAUGGCUUUCAUGAGGGGCGCCGUGAAGAUUAAGGGCAAUCUGAGUGCAGCAACAAAAUUCACCCUUGACAUCUUCCCAAAGCCGUCAAAGUUGUAAGCUGUAUUAGAUAAGUUCCAUUUUGUUGAAAUGAACAAGUUUGAAUAUGAAAAUUGAAAUUUGUAAUGGGACAGUAGAGCUAUUAGUUGAACAAUAUCUGUUGUAUGUGUUAUGUAAGAACGAUCUUGGAUUCUGGAGUCAUAAAGCUGUGUGAUUAUCUUUAUUAAUCAAUGUUAAACAAAUAAGGUUGUGGUGUGAUUGA